AUGUCUGCCGAGGAAGUUCAGUCAGACCAUUCUGAGCAUGAGGAGGACCCCACUUCUCAGGCUGCUCUAGACAAGAUUCAGUCUCGCUCUGAGCGCAAAGCCCGUAAAGCCCUCCUCAGCUUAGGCCUCAAAAAGGUGCCUGGUAUCACUCGGGUCACCCUCCGCAGACCAAAGAACGUCCUAUUCGUGCUUUCUUCACCCGAUGUAUACAAGUCGCACAACAGCGAUUGCUAUAUCGUCUUUGGUGAAGCAAAGAUUGAGGACAUGAAUUCACAAGCACAGUUGUCUGCAGCUCAACAUCUUUCUUCGGCUUCGGGUGCAGCAGUCGAAGCUGACGAGGAUGACAUUCCUAACCUCGAAGCACCUGAGGAUGAUGGACCCGUCGAUGAAACUGGCGUUGAUGUCAAAGACAUAGAGUUGGUUAUGAAUCAGGUUGGCUGUUCAAGAGCCAAAGCGGUUAGGGUACUGAAGGAAAGCGAAGGAGAUCUGAUCAAUGCUAUUAUGGCAGCGAGUGAUUGA